AUGGCCCCAAAAAGUCGUAAAGAGGACGCACAAAACGUUGGUGCAGGUACAGGAAGUGCCAAAGACCAAGAAAAUGUAUCUAUUGAUGAUCUUCUUUUUCCCAAGAGCACUAUAAUGGCUCUUGCCCGAGAAGCAGCGACGCCUGGAAUAGACGAAAACGCAGAGUCGACCGGGAAGAAGCUCAUACUAUCCAAAGACGCGGUCACCGCGCUUCAAAGAUCGGCUACGGUGUUCGUAAACCAUUUGCUGAUGUACGCCCGCGAAGAAGCCCACUCCCAAGACCGCAAGAAUUGCAACGUCACCGACAUUUUAGAGGCCCUGGUGGCACUUGGAUUCGUUGAUAUUAAGCCAGUGGUCCAGGAGAAGGUCGAGGCGUACCAGCAGAUGCUCAACCUGCGGAAAGCCGCAAAAGUUGUAACAACGGAUCGAGAUCAAGAGAUGAAAGAUGUUGACGGCGCGGAAGAAGACGACGACGACGAAAACGACGAGGACGAAAUGGAGGAAGAGGAUGAUUUAGCAGAAGAAGAGGGAGAGGAAGUGCCAGAAAAUGAAGAGGGAGAGAUACACGAUGAAGAAGAAGAAGACGAAGAAGAAGAAGAAGAAGAGGGAGCUCACGAAGCAGAUGUUGACGACGACAUCGACAAUGACUCUGACAACGACGACAACGACGAUAACAUCGACAACGACGAAGCCGGUGCGGCCAAACGGCCUAGGACCGAUGAGUAA